GCCGCUCCAGGUGCCGAAGCAGCUAGCUCCGCCUCUGGUCUAGAGCAAGCACCAAAAAUUAAAGCAGGAUUGAAUGAGUCUCUAGCCUUUAAAAAUAAUGGUCUGAGGUAAUUCUGGUGUGGGCAGUAAGUGUGAGAGUUAUGUGAGCAGAAUUCCCUGGCCUGGAUCUUGUGAAUCAAUAAACUCUCCACACCAAGAAAGAGUUUCAAAGUUACUCUAAGCUAUCUUAAAAUUUGUUACCAACAAAAUAAAUAAAUACAAAUCAACACAUUGCACUUAAACAACUAGCAAUGUAGUCCAGUUUUUUUAAAGUUCUUUUUGGUUAAUAUAGUCCAUGAACUAUUGCUUCUUCAUUAUACUGGCAGCUUCAGGGAGAGACCCAGGCUCCAAGAGAUAAAUUAUCAGUUAACAUAAAUAUCGAAACAUUGAGGCUCCUGCUCUUCCAACCUGCUUCUUCUGCUCUCCCUUUCAGUCCAUCCAUCUCCUUCAUGCCCAUUUCCUCUUCUGCUUUCCAGGAAUUAUAUUCAGCAAUGGGGAGGUGUGGAAGCAGCUCCGACGUUUUGCCCUUACCACCCUGCGCAACUUUGGCAUGGGAAAGAAAAGUAUUGAGGAGAGGAUCCAGGAGGAAGCACAGUUCCUGCUAGAAAAGCUCCAGGACACUCAGGGUGGGUAGCCACUGCCCCUCAUCCACAUAGGCUUAUCAAGCAGACCCCCUUGAACAUCACAACAGAUGCUGAGGUACAUUACAACAGAUUAUUAACCACCAACUCAUAAAGAAAUAGCAUGGUAGGUACAAGGAAAUCAUUAAAAAUUAAAAUCGUAAAACACAGAACUAGUGACCAACACUGAAUCAAAUAAAUUGCCUAAAAACACUUGUGAAAUACAGUGGUACCUCAGGUUAAGUACUUAAUUCGUUCCGGAGGUCCGUACUUAACCUGAAACUUUUCUUAAGCACCACUUUAGCUAAUGGGGCCUCCCGCUGCCGCCGCACUGCCAGAGCACAAUUUCUGUUCUUAUCCUGAAGCAAAGUUCUUAACCUGAAGCAGAGUGCUCUGCAGAUAUUGUUGAUUUCCAGCUGCUUUCAGCCCCAACAGUCAUCAGUGGUCCAGAAGUUACAGUCUAGCAGCAUCUGAAGUGCUUUGGAUUCUUUAGUUUUAGUCUAGAGUUCACCCAGGCCUGCUCCACUGUGGUCACCCUUUCCUAUCUAAGGAUAUAUUAGCUGAAGCUGGAAGAAAGCACUUUGGAAAGUCCUUGGAAGAAAUCACUCAUAGCCACUGAAGAUGCCCAUGCCUUCAGAAUUGUUGUGAGAAAGGCAGCUUCCUGUCUGACCACUGAGGCCUGGAGCCAGGAAAUGGCAGCUCAGAAAUUCCAGACUAGAUUAUUGCCUAAAACCUGUAGUGGGGUUGUAUAAUUAUUUUUUUGUUGUCCUUCCAGGGAAGCCCUUGGAUCCAACCUACUUGCUCAGUUGCGCUCUCUCCAAUGUCAUUUGUGCAAUUGUCUUUGGGAAACGAUACGAUUAUAAUGACAAGAAGUUCCUAUCCAUGAUGAGCUUAAUGAAUGAAAACUUUCAGGUUUUAAGCUCUUCUUGGGGACAGGUAGGUGCCAUCUUUUUAAAGGCCCUUUCCCACAAAGUCUAAAUUUUCCUGCUGUUUAAAUGUCUUUCUUCCAGGCUUCUCAUGGCCCAUACUGCCUCUGCCUCUUAAUAUUUCUGUUAAUGUCCUAGUUGCAGGUUUGCCAUGAGCAACUGGUUAGCCACUGUGACAGCACAAUGGGCCACUGGCCUGAUUCAAUAGGCUCUUCUUAUGUUUUUAAUUUGGAGAGCCAAUACCAAUACCUGGGUCUAAUAACCAAGGCUUGACUUAACUCAACAGCAACCCGGUGGAAUAGGAAGUAAAGCUUAACGAGUAAAACCCACAGGCUCAAUACUGUAACUGGAACUAAUCACUUGGGAUGUAUAUACACUGCCAUUGCCUCUGCAUCCAAUGUGCUUCCACUAAUGGUUUGAGAAGGUGUGAAUACAUGAUGUUAGUCACAAUCGAUAUUUAACCUGCCAUUUCUUAUGAAAAGUUGCGCCUUGCUGAAUUUUAAGCCAGGGAUGUGUACACGGACUGGUUUCAGUAGGAGAAACAGAUGGGACUACAUUUAGAGAUAUGUAUGUAAUCCCAUAGCUCAGUUUUAGAGCAUUUGGCUUGUUUAUAUAGGGUCCCAGAGUCAAUCCCUAGUAGCAUCCCUGGUUAGGGAUGGGACUCCUGAAUGAAAUCCAGCAGAGCUGCUGCAUAGGCACUACUGACCUUGAGAGACCAAUGGUCUCAUUCAGUAUAUACCUUUUAACAUGUGGAUUUGGGGGGGGGGGGUAAUUGGGUUGUUGUUUUUAUUUUGAUUAUGCAUUUUGUGGUUUUAUAUUUUGAUUUUAGUCUGCGAACCACCCUGGGACCUGUGGGUAUAAAUUCAAUACACAAUAAUAAAAAAAAUAAUGAUAUAAGACAACUGAUGGGGAACAUCUACAUAGAUUUGGGAAGCAUUGGUAGUGAAAAUGCUGGUGUGUGGACAACAGAGUUGACAUGAACACAAGGCAACAGUGGCCAACAUUAUACUGAAGCCCGAGUUUGGACAAACCCUGACUGAGGUUGGUGCCAAUGGGUCUCUUGUGUUUUUCUAGCUCUACAACCUCUUUCCUUCUUUGAUGAAAUGCAUCCCUGGGCCCCACCAUAAAGUGCUGAAAAACAAAUUGGCAGCCAGAGAGUUUGUUUUGGAGGAGGUUGAAGAGCACAAGGCCACUCUGGACCCCAGCUCACCUCGGGAUUUUAUCGACUGCUUCCUUAUGAAAAUGGAUCAGGUAAUCAUGAAAACUCACAGACCUCUCCAUGUGGGUUCUCCUGCCACUCCUGAAGCUUCCCAACCAGCAGACUUCCAUCCAGCUUCUUGUGGGGAAUGCCAAGGAAUGAGAUUCCUGCCCACACCCCAUUGGAGUAGAUUCAUUUCCCAUUGCUGACCUGUUCUUGCAGUAAGUGGGAAGUUGUUUCUAAUGAUUAGCCCUCUGGGCAAGGAAUGUCAAGAGGAAUGAGCUGUAAAAGGACUUGAGAUAAGAUGUUGUAUCUUGGGACGGGAGCUGGUCCCAGUGGCACAGUUAAAUUCUUGUUAUGUUGUACUCAGAACAAUUGAGUUGACUCCACUGACUGUGUUGUGUGUUUCUGCAGGAAAAAGGUAAUAGUGCAUCCCAUUUCACCAUUGAAAACCUGGCCGUAAGCACAAUUGACUUGUUUGUGGCUGGAACAGAGACCACCAGCACCACGCUGCGAUACGGGUUCAUGAUCCUCCUCAAAUACCCAGAGAUACAAGGUAAAAUGGAUGCGAUGUUAGUAUUUAUUGUUCUAGUUUUCUCCUCAAUUUAUAUGUCACAGGUCCAAGAGGUUGUUGUUCUGCCACUUUCCCCAGGAAAACCCACUGUUCAUUGCUGAAUGUUAACCAUCGCUGACUGACAUCAGCAGUAGACAGAAGGCUUUCCUGGAGAAAACAGGGGGGGGGGACCAAAUGCUCAUACCCAUGCCUAGAAAUCCCAGCAAAAACAGACGUGUGGAUGAGCUCUUAUAGCUGACCAUAUUGUAAACCCCAGGAUUUUAUAUACAAACAGUAACAACUUGAACUUGGCCCAGUAGUAUAGUGGCAGCCAGUGCAGAUCCUUUAGACUAAGGCAUCACAUCCUGCACCAGCUGCACUUUCUGUGCCAGCCUGAAGGGUAGCCCACAAAGGCACAACCACAAGGGCCAGGGGUCAAAAGGCCCUCAGGUAGGAUCAGAAUCACUGCAGGACAGUGCCUCCAAUAGGAAUCCCUCUAAGCUGGACCAUCACUUGCUCCUAAAACUUCCCUAAAGAGGAGGCUUUUGUCCCUCUGGGCUCCUUUUGGAUAGAAAUUGAAUUAAUAUAUAAAUAAUUGCAGUUAUACUAUGUUUCCCUGUUUACAGAUGGAUUACUGAAGGUGAGCUACAAUAAUUUGUCUGAGUUAAUGUGAUGAGUCAACAGAAAGUUGGUAUCAGAAAACAAUUGAAAGCUCCAAAAUGUGCAGGGGCUGGCAGGCACUCCCAUGGAAUUUCAAUUGCUUCUAUGAUGUUUCCUGCACUGGUGUUAAACCUCAUUCUUCCCAUUACAGACAAAGUGCAUGAAGAAAUUGACCGAGUUAUUGGCCGAUCACGAAGUCCUUGCAUGGCAGAUCGUGGGGCAAUGCCUUACACAGAUGCUGUCAUCCAUGAGAUCCAGAGGUUCAUCUCUCUCAUCCCACUGAGCGUCCCUCAUGCAGUACUCAAAGACACACCGUUCAGACAAUAUGUCAUUCCAAAGGUCAGCUCUUUUCAAGGCUCUGAGUAGUAAUAGUAGGCUGCUAGCCAUGAUGGCUAUAUUCUACCUCCAUGGCGAGAGGCAGCAUACUUCUGAAUACCAGUGGGUGGAAACCACAGGAAUUGAGAGUGCUGUCUUGUUUAGAUUAUGUUUAAGGGCUUCCCAUGGGCAUUUGGUUGGACACCAUGAAAACAGGAUGCUGGACCAGAUGGGGCCACUGGACUGAUCCAGCAGAGCUUUUCUUCUCUUCUUAUCUACAAGCAAGGGAAGUGUUGUUGUUUAGUCGUUUAGUCGUGUCCGACUCUUCGUGACCCCAUGCCAGGCACUCCUGUCUUCCACUGCCUCCCGCAGUUUGGUCAGACUCAUGUUUGUGGCUUCGAGAACACCAUCCAACCAUCUUGUCCUCUGUCGUCCCCUUCUCCUUGUGCCCUCCAUCUUUCUCAACAUCAGGGUCUUUUCCAGGGAGUCUUCUCUUCUGAUGAGGUGGCCAAAGUAUUGGAGCCUUAGCUUCACUAUCUGUCCUUCCAGUGACCACUCAGGGCUGAUUUCCUUAAGAAUGGAUGCGUUUGAUCUUCUUGCAGUCCAUGGGACUCUCAAGAGUCUCCUCCAGCACCAUAAUUCAAAAGCAUCAAUUCUUCGGCGAUCAGCCUUCUUUAUGGUCCAGCUCUCACUUCCAUACAUCAAGGCAAGGGAAGUAGUUUAGCCCAACUCCUAAAGUGUAGCUGGGCAUCUUCAGGCCUGGACUUCAUUUUAAACACCCUAUUGUUUUCUGACGCUGCCCCAUUCUUCUCUGUAUCAACAAAGUACCUUCCUUCCUGUUAGUGCCUUCCCACACCAUUCCUUUGUGAGAGUCAAUUUUAUGCUUUCGUUGGGUGUCAUGGCCAUCAAGCCCAUUUCUUUGCACUCUCUGCAGGGUACUACCAUAUAUCCUAUUCUGACGUCUGUACUACAUGACAGCAAAGAAUUUCCAAACCCCAAAGAAUUUGACCCGGGACAUUUCUUGCACAAAGAUGGCACCUUCAGGAAGAGCGACUAUUUCAUGCCUUUCUCAGCAGGUAAGAUCUCUGCUUCCUCAGUUGGCUGCGGUCUUGGCCAGCUCAGGUCUUUCCCGUCUCCCUAAUCGGCUGGUGUCGGGGCAAUGAGGGGGAACCUCCUUCCUCCUGCAGCCUAAACUGGAAGGGCUGCCAGUUUGUGAGGGAGGGGCAGAGGCUUCUGGGUCCAUCAGAACUCCUUGCACCUUUCCUGUGACCAGCUGAAGCAAAAGAAAUGGUGGAAAGAGUGACUCUCCCAGGAGCUGUUCUGGAGCAGCACCUUUGCUCCUUUGGCAUGAUUGUUAUUUUCUCCGUAACAGCCAAAGUGGUUGUUAUGCAUCUUACACUUUGGGUUUCCUUUGCAGGGAAGCGGAUAUGUGUGGGGGAGGUCUGGCCCGUAUGGAGAUCUUCUUGUUCUUGACCACCAUAUUACAGAACUUCACUCUGAAGUCCAUCAUUGACCCCAAGGACAUCGAUCUCACACCUGUGUUGAGCAGCAUAGGCAACUGCCCUCGGCCCUAUCAGCUCUGCAUUGUCCCUCGCUGAAAAACCUGCCUCAGGAGGGCUGCACAUGUGGAAAAGUCGCAGCCCGGCAAAUCUUUGUUCAAAAAACCCUUAACACAAUAUCUCCUCACGUGUGGAGCCCUAUCUUCUUACCUGACUAGUUGUUGAAAUGUUACUUUGGGGAUCAUGCUAGAGACUAUUUCACAUUGAAGACAUUAUUGCAAUGGACAAAUAGCAGGAUUUAGAAAUUAGCCACACACAAAAAUCCCAUUCUUCUCUUUCUUGCCCCUUCAUAUGCAUAUGUGUGCAGCGGCGUAGCUAGCCGCUGGAGUGACUGGUGCGGGGGCGUGUCCUGCAGCCAGGGAUGUGUCGAGUGACCCAUGGGGGCGAGGCAAGCCUCUCCAAUGCUUGGAGCCUCUUCGCCACCUCCCCCUCAGCUGUAGGGUGUCUGAGGGAGAGGCAGACAGAAAUCCCACGCUGCAGUGCGAAACUUGCAGGUGCCUAAACCACCAUGUCACUCCAAAAAAUUUCAUGAGCCCAAUUUUUUAAAAACUCAUUUUGUCACACACCCCUCAAUGAUGACAUCCGGGGCAGACUGUACCCCCCACCCCCUUCCUCCGCCACUGUAUAUGUGUGAUGGGCAAAAUCUGCCAAGAUGUAAGCUUUUUAGCCACCGAGUCUUGUUACUCUUUGGGCUAAAUGAAGCCAAUCAGAGUGGAAGGAACUGAGUCAACCACUGAGGAACUGGUGACCCUCAAUGGUGGUUGGAGCCUGCGCCCAUCACCCCUGAUGUUGGCUGGGGCAGAUGGGGGCUGGAGUCCAGGAAUAUCUGAAGGGCUGCAGGUUCCCCAUUCUUGCCAUGAGGGCUCAGUUGGGACAACUCCCAUAAUCCCAUUUCAUUGGAUAGGUGGCUGGAGAUAGUGGGAGCUGCAGUCCAGCAACAAAAUCUCCAACCUUUACUUGGUGGGUUGAAGUGCUGCAGGCUGUAGAAGCUGGGUGGGUUGAGACCCCUGUCUGAGAUGACCUUUUCAUUCCCUCGCAUGUCGUACCUGAGAUACAGCAAAGUUGUUUAACUGAGUGACAACAUAAGCUUUUUUGGUAACCCUUCUAUAGAUCUGUACACUGAGAUUGGCAGGUAUGUCAAUGCUAAUAAUAAAGCACAGGCAGACAAUUUUAUUUGGAAAGAUAUUCCAAUAAACUCAGUUUGGAGUUUCCCGGUCCUAGACCAAAACGUCUUUCACUUUCAGCCUGAGCUAAGAAGGAAAGUCUUUGGAGGGUGCUGCAGAAAUCAAUAGCUUUUAAAAUCUUUACCCCUUUCAACUAGUAGAACAUCCUUGAGACUUGACAUUUACAAAUGUUUGCCAAUAAUUCCUUUAAGGGUAACCAUGUUCUAAAGAACAGAUAGCAAUACUGGAUGCAACUGAACUUCUGAGUAAGUACAGUGGUGCCUCGCAAGACGAAAUUAAUUCGUUCUGUGAGUUUUUUCGUCUUGCGAAGCACGGUUUCCCAUAGGAAUGCAUUGAAAAUCAUUGCAAUCAAAACAAACUUGCAAGACAUUUUCGUUUUUCGUCUUGCGAAGCAAGCCCAUAGGGAAAUUCGUCUUGCGAAGCAACUCAAAAAACAAAAAACUCUUUCGUCUUGCGAGUUUUUCGUCUUGCGAGUUUUUCAUCUUGCGAGGUACCACUGUAUGGGAAAUGAACUAAGUUGGAUCCAGAAAUCUACUAGUCCUAGGAAGCAUAUCUUCAAGAUAGGCACAGAGCAUAGAUGGGCAAGAUCUCCCAAGCCUACCUUGGAUGAACUUGGAAAUCAUCCAAGAUCUUCCAGGAUAAGAAAACUAUUUUUUUUCCUCCUGAGCCCAACUGAGGCUCUCACUGUCUUUAAAAAUCUAGAACUGAGAAAAUAGCUCUCCCUCAAAUUCUCCACUUACUUUGUGGGUGGCAAAAUAAGGAAGGUCAUUGUGGCGUUUGCCCUCCUAGGUGUGUGACAUCAUACUGGGUUCAUAAGGAAAGGGUUAACUAAUUGUAAAAUGACUAACCUAUAGGAACCCAAGGGGAGAAGUUAGAGUUAGAGUUGUUAAGAAGUCAGUCUGGAGUUAGAGAAGGGAGAGGGAGGAUAAGUCUGUGGUUUGGGCUAGUUUGAUGUGAGAACGUGAGAGAAUCAGUUAAGAGGAGUCAGUUAAACAGUUGGGAAAAUCAGUUAGAAGGUAUUAGAAAGGUAUAGGCCGGUAAAGAAACUAAGAUUAAGAAACUGACAAGAAAAUUAACUGAGAAACCAUAUUUGUUAAUGCUUACAAAAUAAACUUGUUUAUUUGAUUUAAUUUUAACAACUGUCUGGACUCAGUGUGUACCCGAGAGUAACGGGUUGGUGGCAGCAGGGAAGCGAGCACAGUGGUGGCGCAGGGAUCAAUAGAUCGUCAAACGUCCGGGAACCCAGUGUGAUUGCCACAGUCAUUUCACUGAAUAUUCUCCAAGGGAGGACUGAAAACCUCCAGGAGGACUUGGAGAGGGAAAACUUUCAAAGAAUUGUCAGAAUUUCUUUCCUCUCAGUCUUCCUUCAGCCCUGCUCCCAUUCAGUGUAACAGAAAAAUGUUUCCCUAGUACAAAUUCAGAGGCAGCCUGGGCAAAAUUGGUGAGGGAAGUCCACCUAUGAAGUUAACCAAGGGAGAAUGGUCUUCCUCUUCUGUCUUCAGAAUUUUUCUUUUUGGUUCCUGCACCCUCUCAAUUAGCUCCUAUUCAAAGUAGUGAAGUAAUGUUUCUCCAUUGCACUGAAUGGAAGGGGCAAGAGGAAGGAACUUGUCUCUGAUUUUAAUUCAAGCUGGAGAAGAAUUCGGGGCUUGAAAUGCUUGUCCUCUGUCCCCAUCGAAACCCCUGAAGGUCUUCUCCAAGCCAAAGUUUGGAGAAGUGUGCUGGUUUCACUUGCAUAGAAAACCACUGCUCCACUUCUUCUGGAGAAUAAGAACACAUCCAGAUGUAUGUGUUUUUUUACCUGUUUGUGAAAUGGAAUGACUUUAUAGAUGUACUUCACCCUCCCAGAGCUAAAUAAAUAAUACUUUGACAAACUGAAUGCUGUCACUUGUAAAGAUUAUGCAAGUAUAGCAAUUUUAUUUGCAGAUUUAUAAACUGCUUUACAACCAAACAUUACUGCAGCUGUAUUCAGUACCGAUUCCCCUGACACAUCUAAUCUAAGGAUGACAUGCUGCUUAUGAUGUAACAAUGCAAGCACUCCAGAAUUUACAGAUAUUUACAGACCACGUCCACACAGGAUUAAAGUGUAGUAUUUUGUCUCAAUCUGCCCCUCUGAACAAGCUUAUAUUAGCUGAUGAAAACCCUCUCCCAUGCCCACACUUUUAAGCAGUUUGCCAUUGCUUCUUUUUAUCUAAGUUGUAUAUAAAAAAAAGAGGAGAUCUGUGGCAAUUUAAAGACUUAACUGUGUUUAUUUGUAAAGGGAGUAAGAUUUGCUAGGGCAUACUUCCUCAGAUGCAGAAUGGGUGGCAACAACAACAACAUAGUAUUAGUAUUAGUAUUAAUAAUAAUGUACAGCGGUAUCUUGGGUUAAGUACUUAAUUCGUUCCGGAGGUCUGUUCUUAACCUGAAACUGUUCUUAACCUGAAGCAUCACUUUAGCUAAUGGGGCCUCCUGCUGCUGCCGCGCCGCCGGAGCAUGAUUUCUGUUCUCAUCCUGAAGCAAAGUUCUUAACCCGAGGUACUACUUCUGGGUUAGCGGAGUCUGUAACCUGAAGUGUCUGUAACCUGAAGCAUCUGUAACCCGAGGUGCCACUGUAUAGUAAUAAAGGAGAAUGCAUGCUUUCUCCCUGAGGAUCCCCAUGCACCUCACAUUUGGACACUAAGCACUGGUUACCCACAAGUGCAGCAGCAAGAAUGCAGCCUCCUAUUCAUUCUGUGGACGAGAGCCCUGUCUCCUUCCUCUGAGGGCUCAUCAUGGUGUAGUUAUACAGUGGUACCUCGGGUUACAUGCUUUAAUUCCUCCUCACUUUCUGCCAUCAAGGUUGUGUCAUCUGCAUAUCUGAGGUUGUUGAUAUUUCUUCCAGCAAUCUUAAUUCCGGCUAGGGAUUCAUCCAGCCCAGCCUUUUGCAUGAUGAAUUCUGCAUAUAAGUUAAAUAAGCAGGGAGACAAUAUGCAGCCUUGUCGUACUCCUUUCCCAAUUUUGAACCAAUCAGUUGUUCCAUAUCCAGUUCUAACUGUAGCUUCUUGUCCCACAUAGAGAUUUCUCAGGAAACAGAUAAGGUGAUCAGGCACUCCCAUUUCUUUAAGAACUUGCCAUAAUUUGCUGUGGUCGACAUAGUCAAAGGCUUUUGCAUAGUCAAUGAAGCAGAAGUAGAUGUCUUUCUGGAACUCUCUAGCUUUCUCCAUAAUCCAGUGCAUGUUUGCAAUUUGGUCUCUGGUUCCUCUGCCUCUUCUAAAUCCAGCUUACACUUCUGGGAGUUCUUGGUCCACAUACUGCUUGAGCCUUCCCUGUAGAAUUUUAAGCAUAACCUUGCUAGCGUUUGAAAUGAGUGCAGUUGUGCAGUAGUUGGAGCAUUCUUUGGCACUGCCCUUCUUUGGGAUUGGGAUGUAGACUGAUCUUCUCCAAUCCUCUGGCUACUGCUGAGUUUUCCAAACUUGCUGGCAUAUUGAGUGUAGCACCUUAACAGCAUCAUCUUUUAAAAUUUUAAAUAGUUCAGCUGGAAUACCAUCACUUCCACUGGCCUUGUUAUUUGCAGUGCUUUCUAAGGCCCAUUUGACUUCACUCUCCAGGAUGUCUGGCUCAAGGUCAGCAACCACACUACCUGGGGUGUACGAGCCAUCCAUAUCUUUCUGGUAUAAUUCUUCUGUGUAUUCUUGCCACCUCUUCUUGAUGUCUUCUGCUUCUGUUAGGUCCUUACCACUUUUGUCCUUUAUUAUGGUAAUCUUUGUACGAAAUGUUUCUUUCAUAUCUCCAGUUUUCUUCAACAGAUCUCUGGUUCUUCCCAUUCUGUUGUUUUCCUCUAUUUCUUUGCUUUGCUCGUUUAAGAAGGCCUUCUUGUCUCUCCUUGCUAUUUUUUGGAAAUCUGCAUUCCUUUCCCUGUAUCUUUCACUAUCUCCCUCGCAUUUUGCUUGCCUUCUCUCCCCCGCUAUUUGUAAGGCCUCGUUGGACAGCCACUUUGCUUUCUUGCAUUUCCUUUUCAUUGGGAUGGUUUUCGUUGCUGCCUCCUGUAUAAUGUUGCGAGCCUCCAUCCAUAGUUCUUCAGGCACUCUGUCCAGCAAAUCUAAGUCCUUAAACCUGUUCCUCACUUCCACUGUGUAUUCAUAAGGGAUUUGAUUUAGAUUGUAUCUUACCGGCCCAGUGGUUUUUCCUACUUUCUUCUGUUUAAGCUUGAAUUUUGCUAUAAGAAGCUGAUGAUCUGAGCCACAGUCAGCUCCAGAUCUUGUUUUUGCUGACUGUAUAGAGCUUCUCCAUCUUUGGCUGCAGAGAAUAUAAUCAAUCUGAUUUCGAUGCUGCCCAUCUGGUGAUGUCCAUGUGUAGAGUCGUCUCUUGAGUUGUUGGAAAAGCGUGUUUGUGAUGACCAGCUUGUUCUCUUGACAGAACUCUAUUAGCCUUUGCCCUGCUUCGUUUUGAUCUCCAAGGCCAAACUUGCCAGAAAUGACUGGCAGAAUCCGAGACCAGGGAGAAGAGUCGGUGAAAGAGGACUGGAAGAAAUUUAAAGACUAUUUACAGAAAUACUGUAAAAUGAAUGAAUCUUAGAAGGAUGUUGGAUAGUAAUUAAGCGGUUUCUAGCUGUAAUGCUUUAAGAGAAUAUGAAAAAAAAGGGUUAUAAAUGGGUUAAAAUCUAAUGGAAAGGAUUUGCUGAACCAAUAAAUCGAAGUGGAAUACAAAAAAGGGAGGUAUGAGGAGGUCCGGGAAACAAGCUAAAGGAAAAUAAGUAACUGAAAAUAUGUGUGUUUUUAACUGUUUUUAUUUUGUAUUUUUCUUUUUUUCCCCAUUUCUAUUGUAAUAUUUUAAAAAAACCCUUAAUAAAUAUCUCAUCAGUUCUGAAUCUACUUGUACUUGUCCUCCACUCUUCCUCAGUAGCAUGUUGGACGCCUUCCGACCUGAGGGGCUCAUCUUCCAGCGUCAUAACUUUUAUAUGCCUGUUGUCUUUGUCCAUGGAGUUUUCUUGGCAGGGAUACUGGAGUGGCUUGCCGGUUCCUCCUGCAGGUGGAUCACGUUUGGUCAAAACUCUCCACUAUGACCUGUUCAUCUUGGGUGCCCUGCUCAGCAUAGUUCAUAGCUUCUCUGAGUUAUUCAAGCCCCUUCGCCACGGCAAGGCAGUGAUCCAUGAAGGGGACAACCUGAUCUACUUAAUGGCUAAUCUCAUUUACUCAGAGAAGCCUAGAAUUCCUAUUGGUGAAAAUCCAUGUCUAUGUGACGACCUCAGAGUAUAUAAAAUUGGAAAGCAAAUUAAUUCGUCUAGAGUCAUUUCAGUCACUGUUAGCUGGUGCCAUGGAGCCUCUAGGGACAGUGACCAUUUUGAUGAUCAUAUGUAUCUCUUGCCUUGUUUUCCUUGCAGUCAGGAGCAGGACGCCAGAGAAUGCAAAGCAGCUGCCACCUGGCCCACCUCCACUGCCCAUCGUAGGGAACGCUCUGCAGCUGAAGACCAACAACUUGGCCCAGGUUCUCCAGGAGGUAAGCCAAAGAUGAGCACCUUCUUCAACAGCUGUCUGUUGAUUACCGUUACCUGUUUGCAAGCCUCUUUCCAUUUGACUCUUUUGGAAGGGGACAAUCCAUUGUCAGUUUGUUUAUUUAUAGAUGGUACCAUCUGGGUGCAGGGCACAUUUGCAGAGUCUAAGGCAACAGACUCUGCACUUUGACAGAGGAGAGGCAAGAGAGGGAGGGGAGGCAUCCAGACCAGAGGAAAAGAAUAGCAGAAUCGCUGUGAUUUCAGUGGCACGGACUUGCGCUUGGCUACAUCAGCAGGGAUGGGGAGCAGGGACUUGUCGCAAAGGCUCCACAGAAAAGAGGUGGACUUUGAGCAGGUCCCACAACUCCACAAAGGGGGUUGUUUUAUUGUCAUUUUAUUAUUUUAUCCUUAAAAUAAAAGCCAUAAAGCCCCCUUCUGAGUAAAGAACUUUAAAAAGCAAUAGUGCAAUUUUCAUACUAUAUUAGAGACAGGGGGCGGGGGCGGGUCCAGUUCUCCCUCCACACAUGGAUGGUUUGGGCAUUAUUGCCCUCUGAACAUUUUUAGCCUCUGCUGGACAGUGUGGAGUUCAUAGUCUUCUUGUAUUUUGAAAAGCUGCUACUUCAUUUCCCCCAGAAUGUGGUUGGAAGGUACUUUAAGAAUUCCCUUAGAAAAAUGAGUGUGAGGUGAGAUAUAACAUAUAAUCAUAUUUAUGGUAUAGAGAAAGUGGACAGGAAAACACUCUUACCCCCCUCUCAUAAUGCCAUACCCUCCAACAUUUCUCCAAAGAAAAAAGGGACAUCCGAUUCCAUAAUGAUAAUUUUACUAUAGCCCACACACCCUACUGGGUUGCCCCAGCCACUCUGGACAGCUUCCAACAUAUAUAAAAACAUAAUUAAAACAUUAAAAAUUAAACAAAAAAACACUUCCCUAUUCAGGAUUGCCUUCAGAGGGGAUCGGAUAACUCUAUACCCUCCAACAUUUCCCCAGUGAAAAUAGGGACAGCCUAAGGACAUUCUGUGAUCAAACUGGGAUGGCUUCUCUAAAUCAGUGAUGUCCCUGGAAAAUAGGGACACUUGAAGGGUCUGUAAUGCUAAAACUUGGAGUCUUCAAUUAAAGCUGAGUGUUGGAAGAUUUACAACACAUGCAAGAUAGUAGUUCUUCAUACAGUGCAUAUUGAAACUGUGGAAUUCACUGUGGAAUUUUGUUAAGACAAAAUUCAUUGAAGAUAAAGCUACCCAUAGCUGCUAGCGAUUAUGCUGAACCUCCACCAGUUCCAGGGACCUGCAGGAGGGGAGCGUGCUAUCAGUGGCGUAGCGUGGGGGUGCAGGGGGGCCGGCCGCACCAGGCGCAACAUCUGGGGGGGGCACGCUCGCACUCGCAGCUCUCUGCCCCUACCUGGCUCACUCACUCUCUCUCACUGCAGUGCUGGCUGUGCGAAUCCGAUCCGAGCCGCUGGGUCGCCGCCCACUUUGGAGGGGGUGGGUGCCAGGCGUGCAGUGUGGAGAGAGAGCGAGGGACUAUCUGGGGGAGGGACAGUGCAGCGGCCGCCCAGCGCAGCGCUGAGCACGGGAGAGAACCACACCAGACGAGACCAGACCAGGCAGCAGCAAGAAGAAGCUGGCAGCGGCGGCAGGUUAGGGGUUAGGGGGUGCAAAUUACUUGCCUUGCCCCGGGUUAGGGGGCGCAAAUUACUUGCCUUGUCCCGGGUUAGGGGGCGCAAAUUACUUGCCUUGUCCCGGGUUAGGGGGCGCAAAUUACUUGCCUUGCCCCGGGUGCUGACAACCCAUGCUACGCCGCUGCGUGCUAUUGCACUCAGGUCUUGUUUUUGAGCUUCCCAGAAGAACUGUGUUGGCCACUGUGAUAACAGUCGUGGACUAGUUGGCCUUUGGCCUGAUCUAGCUGCAGAACUCUUCUGUAUGUUAUUAAGAGUCAUGUGGUUCAGAUGCCCAUAGUGAGUCUGGGGGCAGCGGGGCUCUACAUCAGCUAUAUGACUCUCUCCUAACCUGCAAACCCACCUAGAUGUGUGUCCUUCUCUAUCUUUUUUCCAGUUUAGUGAGAAGUAUGGCUCUGUGUUCACAAUGUAUUUUGGAGCAGAACGGGUUGUGGUGCUGCAUGGCUAUGAUGCAGUGAAAGAAGCACUGAUCGACCGUGGAGAUGAAUUUGCUGCCAGGGGACGCCUGCCAAUAGCUGAUGAUGUCUACAAGGGAUUAGGUAUUCUAUGCUGGUUGACCAGUGGAGGGGGGGGGACACAGGAAAAUCCCUCUAUUCAUGAAAAUAAAGCAAAAAAGGUUGCAAAGACAGGUCAUUGCAUCUUGUUCCCACUGGACAGUAGCAAUAGAUAAUUAGCAGCCUUUUAAUGGCAUAGCUAUAUAUUGGCCAUUGCCAUUUAAGAGAGAAAUGAGGCACCUCAUAAAAGUACUUAAGCAAUAUCUAGGGUAGUAGCGGAGAAAGGUGGUUACAGCUAGCAUCAAAACAUCUAGAGCAAGCAUCAAAAAUUAAAGCAGGAUUGAAUGAGUCUCUAGCCUUUAAAAAUAAUGGUCUGGGGUAAUUCUGGUGCGGGCAGUAAGUGUGAGAGUUAUGUGAGCAGAAUUCCCUGGCCUGGAUCUUGUGAAUCAAGAAGCUCUCCAUACCAAGAAAGAGUUUCAAAGUUGCUGCAAGCUAUCGUUAAAUUUGUUACCAAAAAAAUAAAUAAAUACAAAUCAACACAUUGCACUUAUACAACUAGCAAUGUAGUCCAGUUUUCUUUAAGUUCUUUCUGGUUAAUAUAGUCCAAGAACUAUUGCUUCUUCAUUAUACUGGCAGCUUCAGAGAGAGACCCAGGCUCCAAGAGAUGAAUUAUCAGUUAACAUAAAUAUCAAAACAUUGAAACCUCUUUUUAAGCUUUAGCUGCAAAAAUGGACAUUCUGCAAAUGCAAACCUCCACUACGUUUCAUACACAACACGCACAAACAUAGCAUGUUAUGCACAUUAAACACAUAUAUUUUACAGUAAGGGCAUGUAUCAGAAGACUGGCCAGCUACUGAUUAUGGAAUAAGGAGGCACCAAAGUACCAAGUCUCCAGGUGGUCUGGAGCCAAGAAUAAGAGCCUCCUGCUCUUCCAACCUGCUUCUUCUGCUCUCCCUUUCAGUCCAUCCAUCUCCUUCAUGCCCAUUUCCUCUUCUGCUUUCCAGGAAUUAUAUUGAGCAAUGGGGAGGUGUGGAAGCAGCUCCGACAUUUUGCCCUUGCCACCAUGCGCAACUUUGGCAUGGGAAAGAAAAGUAUUGAGGAGAGGAUCCAGGAGGAAGCACAGUUCCUGCUAGAAAAGUUCCAGGACACGCAGGGUGGGUAGCCACUGCCCCUCAUCCACAUAGGCUUAUCAAGCAGACCCCCUUGAACAUCACAACACAUUCUGGGGUACAUUACAAUGGAUUAUUAACCACCAACUCAUAAAGAAAUAUCAUAGUGGUUACAAGGAAAUUAUUAAAAAAAUUAAAAUCGUAAAACACAGAACUAGUGACCAAAACUGAAUCAAAUAAAUUACCUAAAAACACUUCUGAAAUACAAACAUUUUCAUCAGGUGAUGAAAUGCCAAAAUUCUAGCUGGUUUCAAUAGGAACCACAUUCCAAUGCACAGGUGCCAUUGUGCUCAAAGUUUUAAUAGAUAUAAUAGAUAUCUGCAUUGAUAUGAAACAAACAUGUGAUGAGUGUGUGGCAAUUUGGAAGGCUUCGCCAGAUGCUCAUAGUGAUCUGAGCAGUGUGUAUGGGCUAAGGUGGUCCUUAGGUCACCUGGUCCUAGGUAACUGAGGGCUUCAUACACAUCAGUAAUGCACUGAACUUACCUUGUCAAUGUAAUGGCAAGCAAUGCAUAGCUUUCAGCAGGGGUGUAAUAUGCUGACACAGACCAGUUCCAACUAAAGCCCGGCUGCUGCUUCUCUAUCAACUGCAAGAGUGCUCCGCAGAUAUUGUUGAAUUCCAGCUGCUUUCAUCCCCAACAGUCAUCAGUGGUCCAGAAGUUAGAGUCUAGCAGCAUCUGAAGUGCUUUAGAUUCCCUAGUUUUAGUCUAGACUUCACCAAGGCCUGCUCCACUGUGGUCACCCUUUCCUAUCUAAGGAUAUAUUGGCUGAAGCUGGAGGAAAGCACCUUGGAAAGUCCUUGGAAGAAAUCACUCAUAGCCACUGAAGAUGCCCAUGCCUCCAGAAUUGUUGUGAGAAAGGCAGCUCCAUGUCUGACCACUGAGGCCAGGAGCCAGGAAAUGGCAGCUCAGAAAUUCCAGACUAGAUUAUUGCUUAAAACCUGUAGUGGGGUUGUAUAAUUAUUAUUUUUUUUUGUUCUUCCCGAGAAGCCCUUGGAUCCAACCUACUUGCUCAGUUGCGCUCUCUCCAAUGUCAUUUGUGCAAUUAUCUUUGGGAAACGAUACGAUUAUAAUGACAAGAAUUUCCAAUCCAUGAUGAGCUUAAUGAAUGAAAACUUUCAGGUUUUUAGCUCUCCUUGGGGACAGGUAGGUGCCAUCUGGUUAAAUGCAUUCUUUUCCACAAAGUCUAAAGUUUACUUGCAUGUGGAAUAUUUAUUUUAUGUAGAUACUGCCUCUGGCUGUGGCCAUUUUCCUGCUGUUUAAAUGUCUUUCUUCCAGGCUUCUCAUGGCCCAUACUGCCUCUGCCUCUUAAUAUUUCUGUUAAUGUCCUAGUUGCAGCCUUGCCAUGGGUAACUGGUUAGCCACUGUGACAGCACAAUGGGCCACUGGCCUGAUUCAAUAGUCUCGUCAUACGUUCUUAUGUUUUUAAUUUGGAGAUCCAGUCAAGGCACACAAUGCACCUGGGUCUAGUAACCAAGGUUUGACUUAACAGCAGCCCAGUGGAGCAGGAAGUAAAGCUUAACCAGUAAAACCCACACGCUCAAGUUUCUAACUGGAACUAAUCACUUGGGAUGUAUAUACACUGCCAUUGCCUCUGCAUCCAGUGUGCUUCCACCACUGGUUUGAGAAGGUGUGAAUACAUGACGUUAGCCACAAUCCAUAUCUAUCCUGCCUUGUUGCAUUUUAAGCCAGCGAUGUGUACACAGCCUGGUUUCAACAGGAGGAGCAGAUGGGACUAAAUUUAGAGAUAUGUAUGUAACCCCAUAGCUCAGCUUUACACCAUUUGGCUUAUUUAUAUAGGGUCCCAGAGUCAAUUCCUAGUAGCAUUCCUAGUUAGGAAUGGGACUCCUGAAUGAUACCCAGCAGAGCUGCUGCAUAGGCAGUACUGUCCUUGAGAGAACAAUGGUCUCAUUCAGUAUAUACCUUUUAACAUGUGGAGUUUUUUGGGGGGGGUAAUUGGGUUGUUGUUCUUAUUUUGAUUAUGCAUUUUGUGGUUUUAUAUUUUGAUUUUAGUCUGUGAACCGCCCUGAGACCUGUGGGUAUAAAUCUGCAUAUGACCUCUACAAACAUUAGGUAGAGGGUGGGAAAGCACUAACUGAGGGGAAGGGAAGAUAAUACAAUGCAGUACAAUCAAUGAAGCACCACCCAGUAAUGCAGAUGGGGAACAUCUACAUAGAUAUUCGAGGCAUUGGCAGUGAAGAUGCUGGUGUGUGGACACAGAGUUGAAAUGCACACAAGGCAGCAGUGGCCAACAUUAUACUGAAGCCCGAGUGUGGACAAACCCUGACUGAGGCUGGUGCCAAUGGGUCUCUUGUGGUGUUUCUUCUAGCUCUACAACCUCUUUCCUUCUUUGAUGAAAUGCAUCCCUGGGCCCCACCACAAAGUGCUGAAAAACAACUUGGCACUCAGAGAGUUUGUUUUGGAGGAGGUUGAAGAGCACAAGGCCACUCUGGACACCAACUCACCUCGGGAUUUUAUCGACUGCUUCCUUAUGAAAAUGGAUCAGGUAAUCAUGAAAACUCACAGAACUCUCCAAGUGGGUUCUCCUGCGACUCCUGAAGCUUCCCAACCAGCAGACGUCCAUCCAGCUUCUUGUGGGGAAUGCCAAGCAAAGAGAUUCCUGCCCACACCCCAUUGGAGUAGAUUCAUUUCCCAUUGCUGACUUGUUCCUGCAGUAAGUGGGAAGUUCUUUCUAAUGAAUAGACCUCAGGGCAAGGAAUGUCCAGAGGAACAAGCUAUAAAAAGACUUGAGAUAAGAUGUGUCUUGGGAAGAGAGCUGGUCCCAGUGGCGCAAUUAAAUUCUUGUUAUGUUGUACUCAGAACAACUGAGUCGACUCCACUGGCUGUGUUGUGUGUUUCUGCAGGAACAGGUAAUAGUGCAUCCAAUUUCACCAUUGAAAACUUGGCCAUAAGCACAGUUGACUUGUUUGUGGCUGGAACAGAGACCACCAGCACCACAUUGCGAUACGGGUUCAUGAUCCUCCUCAAAUACCCAGAGAUACAAGGUAAAACAGAUACGUUAUUAGUACUUAUUAUUCUAGUUCUUUCCCAGAUGUAUGUGUCACAGGUCCAAGAGGUGGUUGUUCUGCCACUUUCCCCAGGAAAACCCACUGUUCAUUGCUGAAUGUUAAUCAUCGCUGACUGACAUCAGCAGUAAACAGAAGGCUUUCGUGGAGACAACAGUGGGGGUGUGUGUGUGUGGACAAAAUGCUCAGACCCAUGCCUAGAAAUCCCAGCAAAAACAGAAGUGUGGAUGAGCUCUUAUAGCUGACCAUAUUGCAAACCCUAGGAUUUAUAUGCAAACAGUAACAACUUGAAUUUGGCUCAGUAGUGUACUGGCAGCCACUGCAGAUCCUUUAGACCAGGCAUAUCCAAAGCCCAUUUUGGGGACCUAAUCCAGCCUGCUGGUUGGUUUAAUCAGGCCCCAGCGGCAGUUUAUUUCCUGGGGUAAAAUCCUUUAAAAAAGGUCAACAACUUUGGUUUACUUCAUCCAUUCUGGCCCUCUUUGAAAAAAGUUUGGACACCACUGCUUUAGAAAAAGGCACAACCACAAGGGCCAGGGGCCAACGGGCCCUCAGGUAGGAUCAGAAUCACUGCAGGACAGUGCCUCCAAUAGGAAUCUCUCUAAGCUGGACCAUCACUUGCUCCUAUAACAUCCCUAAAGCUUUUGUCCCACUGGGCUCCUUUUGGAUAGAAAUUAAAUUAAUAUAUAAAUAAUCACAGUUAUACUAUGUUUCCCUGUUUACAGAUGGAUUGCUGAAGGUGAGCUACAAUAACUUGCCUGUGGUGACGAGUUAGUAGAAACAUGGCAUCAGAAAACAAUUGAAAGCUCCAAAAUGUCAAGGGGCUGGCAGGCACUCCCACUGAGUUUCAGUUUCUUCUGUAAUGUUUCCUGCACUGGCAUUAAACGUCAUUCUUCCCAUUGCAGAGAAAGUGCAUGAAGAAAUUGACCGAGUUAUUGGCCGAUCACGAAGUCCUUGCAUGGCAGAUCGUGGGGAAAUGCCUUAUACAGAUGCGGUCAUCCAUGAGAUCCAGAGGUUCAUCUCUCUAGUCCCACUGAGCGCCCCUCAUGCAGUACUGAAAGACACACCGUUCAGACAAUAUGUCAUUCCAAAGGUCAGCUCUUUUCAAGGCUCUAAGUAGUAAUAGUAGGCUGCUAGCCAUGAUGGCUAUAUUCUACCUCCAUGGUGAGAGGCAGCAUGCUUCUGAAUACCAGUGGGUGGAAACCACAGGAAUUGAGAGUGCUGUCUUGUUUAGAUUAUGUUGAUGGGCUUCCCAUGGGCAUUUGGUUGGACACCAUGAAAACAGGAUGCUGGACCAGAUGGGGCCACUGGACUGAUCCAGCAGAGCUUUUCUUCUUAUCUUAUGUACAAGCAAGGGAAGUAGUUUAGCCUAACUCCUAAAGCGUAGCUGGGCAUCUUGAAGCCUGGACUUCGUUUUAAACACCCUAUUGCCUUCUGAAGCUGCUCCAUUCUUCUCUGUAUCAACAAAGUACCUUCCUUCCUGUUAGUGCCUUCCCACACCAUUCCUUUGUGAGAGUCAAUUUUAUGCUUUUGUUGGGUGUCAUGGCCAUCCAGCCCAUUUCUUUGCACUCUCUGCAGGGCACUACCAUAUAUCCAAGUCUGACAUCUGUGCUACAUGACAGCAAAGAAUUUCCAAACCCCAAAGAAUUUGACCCAGGACAUUUCUUGCACAAAGAUGGCACCUUCAGGAAGAGCGACUAUUUCAUGCCUUUCUCAGCAGGUAAGAUCUCUGCUUCCUCAGUUGGCUGCAGUCUUGGCCAGCUCAGGUCUUUCCCGUCUCCCUAAUCGGCUGAUGUCGGGGCAAUGAGGGGGAACCUCCUUCCUCCUGCAGCCUAAAUUGGAAGGGCUGCCAGAUUGUGAGAGAGGGGCAGAGGCUUCUGGGUCCAUCAGAACUCCUUGUACCUUUCCUGUGACCAGCUGAAGCAAAAGAAAUGGUGGAAAGAGUGACUCUCCCAGGAGCUGUUCUGGAGCAGCACCUUUGCUCCUUUGGCAUGAUUGUUAUUUUCUCCGUAACAGCCAAAGUGGUUGUUAUGUAUCUUACACUUUGAGUUUCCUUUGCAGGGAAGCGGAUAUGUGCGGGGGAAGGUCUGGCCCGUAUGGAGAUCUUCUUGUUCUUGACCACCAUAUUACAGAACUUCACUCUGAAGUCCAUCAUUGACCCCAAGGACAUCGAUCUCACACCGGUGUUGAGCAGCAUAGGCAACUGCCCUCGGCCCUAUCAGCUCUGCAUUGUCCCUCGCUGAAAAGCCUGCCUCAGGAGGGCUGCACAUGUGGAAAAGUCGCAGCCUGGCAAAUCUUUGUUCAAAAAACCCAUAACACAAUAUCUCCUCACGUGUGGAGCCAUAUCUUCUUACCUGACUAUUUGUUGAACUGUUACUUUGGGGAUUCAUAUGCAUAUGUGUGCAGUGACGUAGCUACCUGCCCUAGCUAGCUAGUGCAGGGGGCAGGGGCGUGCCCUGCAGCCAGGGGUAUGUCGAGCCACCCAUGGGGGCGGGGCGAACCUCUCCAAUGCUUGGAGCCUCUCCGCCACCUCCCCCUCAGUUGUAGGGCGUCUGAGGGAGAGGCAGUAGGCAGACACAAAUCCCACGCUGCAGCGUGAAACUUGCAGGUGCCUAAGCCACCAUGUCAUUCCAAAAAAUUUUGUGAGCCCAAUUUUUAAAAAACUCAUUUUGUCACACAGCCCUCAUUGGUGACAUCCGGGGCAGACUGCACCCCUACAUCCCCUUAUUCCACCACUGUAUUAGUGUGAUGGGCAAAAUCUGCCAAGAUGGAAGCUUUUUAGCCACUGAGAAGAAGUCCUGUUACUCUUUGUGUCUUUGGAGGGUGCUGCAGAAAUCAAUAGCUUUUGAAAUCUUUGCCCCUUUCACCUAGUAGAACAACCUUGAGACUUGACAUUUACAAAUGUUUGCCAAAAUCCCUUUAAGGGUAAACAUGUUCUAAAGAACAGAUAGCAAUGCUGGAUGCAACUGAACUUCUCAGUAAGUAUGGGAAAUGAACUAAGUUGGAUCCAGUGAUCUGCUAGUCCUAGGAAGCAUUUCUUCAAGAAAGGCACAGAUGGGCAAGAUCUCCCAAGCCCACCUUGGAUGAACUUGGAUGAGAAAACUUCUUUUUUAUACCCUUGAGCCCAACCAAGGCUCUCAUUGUCUUUAAAAAUCUAGGAGGUCCGGGAAACAAGCUAAUGAAAAAUAAGUAAUGGAAAGAUUGAGUUGUUUUUAACUAUUUUUAUUUUGUAUUUUUCUUUUUUCUAUUUUUAUUUUGUAAUAUUUUGAAAACCUUAAUAAAUAUCUUAUUUUUUUUAAAAAAAUUAGAACAGAGUGAAAAUGGCCCUCCCCCAAAUUCUCCACUUACUUUGUGGGUGGCAAAAUAAGGAAGGUCAUUUCACUGAAUAUUCCCCAAGGGAGGUCUGAAAACCUCCAGGAGGACUUGGAGAGGGAAAACUUUCAAAGAAUUGUCAGAAUUUCUUUCCUCUCAGUCUUCCUUCAGCCCUGCUCCCAUUCAGUGUAAAAGAAAAAUGUUUCCCUAGUACAAAUUCAGAGGCAGCCUGGGCAAAAUUGGUGAGGGGAAGUCCACCUAUGAAGUUAACCAAGGGAGAAUGGUCUUCCUCUUCUGUAUUCAGAUUUUUUCUUUUUGGUUCCUGCACCCUCUCAAUUAUGCUCCUAUUCAAAGUAGUGAAGUAAUGUUUCUCCAUUGCACUGAAUGGAAGGGGCAAGAGGAAGGAACUUGUCUCUGAUUUGCAUUUUAAUUCAAGCUGGAGAAGAAUUCGGGGCUUGUCCUCUGUCCCCAUUGAAACUCCUGAAGGUCUUCUUCAAACCAAAGUUUGAAGAAGUGUGAUGGUUUCACUAGCAUAGAAAACCACUGCUCCACUUCUUCUGGAGAAUAAGAGCACAUCCAGAUGUAUGUAUUUUUUUACAUGUUUGUGAAAUGGAAUAGCUUUAUAAAUGUCAUUCACCCUCCCAGAGCUAAAUAAAUAAUACUUUGACAAACUGAAUGCUGUCACUUGUAAAGAUUAUGCAAGUAUAGCAAUUUUAUUUUAUUUGCAGACUUAUAAACUGCUUCACAACCAAACAUUACUGAAGCUGUGUACAAUAAAAUAAAAAGGAUUCCUAAUGCAGUAAACUACAUUUGCUUUGCAUAAUUUAUUCUGACUCUGCAAGGCUUCAGGAGGAAAGAGUUGCUUUGCAGGCCACUGAUACCUUCACCCCCUGAAAUCCUAAGCUCCUUCUAGUUUCUACCAGGCAUUGCUUAUGCACUUCGGAGCUUAGCCUUUGUUUCUAAUGUAACCCAGGCUACUGCCAUUCAUUGUAUUAGUAGCAAUCCAGCACACCUUCAUUUACUAGAGUAAGAUGUGGCAAUUAUUGUUCCCCCUUCUCUUCCAAGAGAUAGCUGCAGGAGCAUGCGCAGUAGGUUGCUUUUUAGGGUGGUUUGAAUGGCUGCUCUCAGAAGAUUCUGGCAGUCUCACCUGGCCCUGGGAGAGAGAACAAAAGAGAACUCUGCUGGAGCAGGUCAGAGGCCUAUCUAGUCCAGCAUCCUGCUCUCCCUGUGGCCAACCAGAUGCCUAUGAGAAGCCCUCAAGGAGCAACUGAGCGCUACAGUGCUCUCCUCCCCAUUUGCAGUUCCCAGCAACAUUUGAGGGCGAUUCCUAACUGUGUAGUGCAUCAAUGACAGCUCCAUAAUAAAAUCCAGAGUCAGGCCACCGGGAUUUAAAUAUCUUGCUUUUCUAACACAUUGCUUAAAAAAAUCCCUCCACCUUAAAAACACAGACAUUUAAAACAAAUUACUAAUAAAAUCACACGAUUAAAUUUAUGGCACAUGACUGCAGUUCUGUGCAUGGUUGGGAGUAAGAACCAUUGAACACAAUGGUGCGUAUUUCUGCUGUAUAGGUUCAAUUUUUAAAACACAUUUGGUUUUAGAAAAUGACAUCGAGAUAGCAGAAACGCAACCUUUUACUUUUAAUUAGCAAUGCAAACAACUUUUUG